AUGAAACGAUCUCAAGAUGGUAUGAUGUCUUUCAAUAAUUUCCUCUCGAGAAGUUUAGAUCGACACGGAUCACUCGAACUAUUCGCACGGCCGGCUUCAUAUCAAAAUCCUGAUUCAGUAGGAAUUCUGUUUGUUAUCAGCAUUAAUCCCGAAGAAUGUGAAAAAUCAGGUAUUCCAUAUGCUGAUGUAAGCGAGAUUGGAGUUUUUCAAGGCAACGAGUCUGAAAUACUCUUCACCACAGAUGCAAUAUUUUGCAUUAAUUCUGUUCGACCGAUAGCUGAUCAUUAUACAGAUCGGCUUUGGAAAGUCGAACUUAAUCUAACGGAAAAUGAUGAUAAUCAACUCAAAGCAUUAAUAGCACAUGAGCAAAAAGAAAACCAAAACACAGGAUGGGCUCGAUUGAGUUCAUUAUUUCUAGAACUUAGACAACCUGAAAUAGCAGAACAACUCUAUAAAACACUUCUCCAGCAAACAUCUGCUGAUAGGAAGCAGGCUUAUUAUAUUCAUCAGUUGGGAUCUGUGUACUAUUUUAAGAACGAGAAUUCAAAAGCAAUGUCAAAUUUUAAGAGAUCGUUAGAAAUAUUUGAGAAAAUACCUCCACCGAAUCAUCACUAUCUAGCUACUGCUUACAUGCAUGUGGGUAAUGUCCACAACCAAAUGAGAGAAUUUUCCAAAGCCUUAGCAUUAUACCAACAAGCAUUUGAAAUCCAGAAAAUAUCUCUUCCUCCGAAUCAUCCCCAUGUAGCUACCUCUUUAAUGAAUAUGGGUUCGAUGUACUGUGAUCUGGGAGAUUACCAUCAAGCACUUUCACUGUAUCAACAAGCACUUGAAAUCCAGAAAACAGCCCUUCCUCUGAAUCAUUCCAAUUUUGUCGAGUAG